CUAAAAUUGCGCUUUGAUUGAGAAAUGAAAACGUGACUUGUUUCGACUCUCGAGGACACCUAAUACAGUGGCGCUGUAACAUUAUUUCGACGAAAAACAGUUAAUCUAUUUUUUUAAUUGACCUUUUUCAUUUUUUUGAGCUGCAAAAAAGGCUCAAAUUGAAAAUGCAUUGCAUAAAUAGUAAGUUAAGCAAGUAUACUUUAUUGUUUAGCAUUUUAGUUUUUUGGUCAGGAGAAAUUUAAUGAGAUAUUUUCAAUUAUAAAAUUAUUUUAAAUUUCAAAACAAAAGAUUUGGUACAAGUUGAGAUAAUUUGUAAGAAUUGUUUAUAGAGUUGGGUCCGCGAUAAACGCCAUAAUUUCAUGCAAUGAGUAAUAAUUAACAACAUCAGUCAUAAAAUAGAUUAAAAUCAUUCGUUGAAUUAUUAAAUUAAAAGUAAUAAACUUAAAUUUUAAAAAUGUUGAUUAACGGACCAAAUUCAAAUCAAGGAAUUCGAUGGUGGUGACGCAUAACGGCAAAGAAUGGAAAUGUUAUACAAAGAGAUAACAAAAUGCCUUAAAAUUGCAUAUAAAGUGUGACAAACAAUCAUUAAAAUGAUUAAUUUAUGUCAAUUAAUUUAAUCAGCACGUGACAGGCAUGAAACAAGUGAGAAAUACCGGAAUAUUAUUUAAAAUUUCGUAAUUUUUGAAAAGUGCGCGUUUACAGUUGUUUGCCCCUAUCAAAAUCAUAACGGGUUUCUAAAAUUCAAAUUUCCCUUUGAGAAAACAAAAAAUCGGAGAUGUCAAGUGAAAAUGGAACUAGUCCAUCCAAAAUUAAUUGAGAAAUUUCUCGAAUGACGCAUUGAUUCGGGUCCACUUAUUCACUAAUCACACAUCUAGUAUUAGUUGAGUCAAUCAAGCGAAGAAUUAACGAUAACAACUAUCAAAUGGAAUGGGAAAGAGGCAAUUUAGAUUUGCAUAGAAUCACGGACUUGAACCAUUUUGAUUUUGAGUCGAUUUUUUAGUAUUCCGCCAUCAUUUUCAACAAGAACGAGAGAUUUUUUCAUUGGUUAAAUUUUAAUUUUAUUUAAUGUUGUUAACAACCAAAGUGAAUAAUACUAUUCGCGAUCAUUUAAUAAGUACAAUUAUCAUCGGCUGAAAGCAAAAUAUCGAUUUGAAACUACGGAAAUGUAAGAUAAAAAUAUGAUGAUUGAUUUUUUUUCUUUAAGCAUCGAGUAGUUACUAAAAAAACUAACACAUAUGUACGCGCUUAGCGAAGCUGGUCGAUUCAUAAAUUACAUCAGAUUUUGGUCGAAAAAUGCACUUAUUUUAAUCGGAAAGUGACAUUUGAGUGAAUUGUUGAUAAAAUGAGACUUAAUCAGUGCCUGUAAGCCAAAAUAUGACGCCAAAUAGUCACGGGAAGUGUGUUAUUUUAGCAUAAUCAAUGUGUUAGACCUCGCGUGUGUGUAUUAAAAAAAGUAUAAAGAGAAAUACAUAUUUUUUCGGUUCUUUUCCGCUUUUAAAUUCAGUAUUUUGCCUAUCUACAGACUAUUUAAGCUCCUCAAUGCGAUUUUGUGCAUAAUUUAGCUAAUUAAGCUUGUGAAAAGUGCUUAAAAUGAGAUAAAGACUCAAAAUAAUUACAAUGUGAUCCGCCUUAUAGCAUAUAUACAGCAUAUAGAAUAGAGUAACAGAGAAAGAAGAAAAUAUCUGCUUGUAUAAAUAUGUAAAAAAAGAGUUUAAGCUCAACAAAACAUUUCCGAUAAAAAUUUGUGACUUAAUUCUUAACAUAACUAACAUAACUUUCUUCUAUUGCGUCUUAUGUGUGAACAUAUUAGGCUUCUGCUACCCAAAGAAUCAGAUGCGACAGAUUUAAAGACAAUUGGGAGUGAAAAUGCAUCAACGACAGAGGAGACAACGGAUUUGUCGACCGUAGUGAAUAGCGAUAAUUUGACGGAAAGCAGCCUCGAACAGCCACAGAUACAGCAUAAUAAUGUAAACAUAAAUAACUGUGUCACUGCUGUUUCUUCAGAUGAUUCUCCAAAAUUCGAUCAAUAUAUCCUCGACACGAUUACGUCAGUUGCAUCCUCAAGUUCCACGUCCAUUACAUCAUCAUCAGGUUACCAAAAUUAUUGUGCUAAUGGAGCGACAAAUUCACAAAAUACAAAUAAUGAUCCACAUGAAAUGCCACAGCUUUUAAAUAUCCUUAAUGAGCUAUUAGAUGGACAAGAUUUAACAUCACUUGCUAAUUCGGGUGGAAAUGGUGAUAAUAUGCAUGAUAUGGAGGAUCAAGAGGAAAAUUACGAAGUUGAUUCACCGAGAAAAGAUGAUCCUGAAGAAAUGGCAAAAAUACUAUCAAAACAGCGACUUGAGGAAAUUAGUCGAGAAGAACAGCAACUUCGAAGACGAAUGGAUUUCCUAAUUAGACGACUGUUUAAGCUUGUUGCACGAUCGACUGGUCUGCAUGUGAGCGAAGAAAUGGCUGGAUUCCUUGAGCAUAUUGCGAGAUAUUGUAAGAAAAAGGAAAUUAAAGAGAAAUCAUCAACAAUGACAUUGUCAUCGUUAUCGUCGCCUUCAACAAAGUUUCCUUAUUUAACGGCAAACUUACAGGGAACGACUGAUUUACUCACAUCACCAACAUUUUCAAAAGAGCCUCCCAUUAAUCUCCUUUCGUCACCAAUGACCGUCGUUAAGACUCAGGAUGAAAAACAGUCAUUACCACAACAAAUUAAUAAUAGUAAUAUUAAUACAGCCGCAACAACACAUGAUGUGAUAGAACCGACGAAUGAACUUCUCCUCAAGCCGGUUCCAACAAAAGAAAUGAGAUCCUUUCUACGUAGGAUCGAGAACAUUUCAACUAUGCAGAGCACAGUGCUAACAAAGAAAGCACUCGCAUUUAAAUACUUUUCAAAAACAACACCUCCAACAACUUCAUCAUCCAGUAAUCUCAAUUUGACAUCUAUCAAAUCAGAAUCAAACUUUUGUGUCAGUGCCAUUCCAAAGCUUGAAGAUGCCGAUAUCGACCAAGUCGAGCAGACAUCGGGAUUACUUAUGAGCGAAAUGCGUCUUAUUGAGAACCAAAUUGAUUCCGAUGUAACUGCAAGCAGUACGGGUGGCGAGUCUGCAGAUGAAAUGACGAUCUACAAUAAUAAUUUUCAACAACCCUUAUCCAUAAGCAAACGUGCUGCAUACAAAUAUUCAAAAGAUCGAGGUGCAGUUGCAUCACGAUGGUGCUGGCUAGCGACUCAAAUAUCUGAACUCGAUUAUAAGAUCCGCCAACACACAGAUUUAAGGAAACACAUUCGAGAGAAUAAAGGUGUUAUAACUUUAGAAAGUGCUGUCGAGAAUCAACGAAUAUCUGGAGCAAGUACAAGCUAUAAUAUCGACACAGACACAGAGGAUAUUGAUGGAGGAUCAUCAGCACGAGUUCGACCUCUCGCAAAAUCAUUAUUCAGAAAACGCAAGCUAGUUCAAAUCACUAAUCUCCAUCAUAUUUCAAAGAAAGCAGCUCGACCGAGUACAUUAAAGUGUGGAUGUAAUUGGCCACUGCAGCCUUGUGCCUUAUGUACGGCACGAAUUGAUCCCACAGCACCGCGUGAACUCACUGACGUUCUUCCCGAAACUGAACGUGUUGCUCUACUCGAUCCUUGUUUCCAUCCUGUAUUAUGUUUCCAAGAAGAUGUAUCGAGCAGCAUCCACCUUGAAGCAAUUAUGAAUAUUCCUGAGUGGCAAUCAAAAAUGAUUCGAUCAUCACCAAAAUCCAUCAUGAAGCAUGCAACAAAGCAGUUAGAAAUGCUCAGUGGUGGAAAUGGAGGAUUUAAGGAUGAUUUUAAGCUUUUUGGACUCGUUAAACCAAAUGCAUUCGAGACAAAUGAGAAGAAAAUGAAAAAAGGCAACAUUGAUGCAAUCACAGGAAAGAGAAAGUACACAAAGAGAUUCUUAAAAAUGGAAGGUGGACCAUUAGCAAGCAAAUUGAAAGAGCGAAAGAAGUACAAGAAGCGAAGAGCAAGUUUAGGAAUGGCACAGAAUUCUCAUAUUCCACGAAAAUACACAUUCAAAAAGCGAUUACGUAAAGUGGAUGGCAUGUCAAAUUCAGUUCACAAUCAACCUCCAAAUGGCUUAAAUAAUAACGAUAAAUAUUCAGACCCAGUAAAUCGUAGUAAAAACUCGUCGCCAGUACCAAUUAACAGUAGAUCCGAGAACAGAACAACAUCAGAAUCGAGAAGGACGAGAAAUUAUGAUAUCGAUAACAUCGUUAUUCCAUAUUCUGUGGCUGCAGCAACGAGAAUUGAACUGCUCAGCUACAAAGAAAUACCAACACCAAAAUGGAGAAUUGUAACGACCGAAGAGGACGAGGAACAGCUAAUCGAAGAAAAAGAACAGUGUAUCGAAGAUGGAGAGAUACAUAGUGAGGAUAUAACUGACGAGAGUAUUACCAUCAUUCAUGAAAAAGCACUGCUUGACGAGAGAAAGAAGUUUGAGACAUAUUUGAAAUUUCCACUUACGAGUCGAUCACGUGCAAAUCGCAGGAUUGAUAGUCGUGGGAAUGAAUCUAGUGGAACAAACACUCCCACACCAGAUCAAACGUCACCUCCCCACGGAGAUAUCGAGUCAAUUCCACCAUCACCGCUCGAUAAUUCAGUGUUUCAUGAUACUCCUUCAAUUACUGCAAUUCUUAACAACUUUAAUGGACGAAAAGAGCGAAAACGGACCGUAUCGAAGAAAGAUGAAGUGCAUGAUGGAGGAGGAUAUUCUAGCGGAGUUCCAUCACGCUGUAUUUCUCCAGAAAUCAUCAAAGAAAUAAUUCCGGCAUACGAGCCAUUGCAUUUCCCAUUAUCGGAUGUAUCGUUUCAUCGACUAAAGCGAAUGAUGCCGAGUGAGCAUUUAAAACAUAACGACAACAGCAGCAGCAGCAUAAAAUAUUAUAAGCCAGUAAUGAAGGAGGAAGAAGCUAGUCAACAUCAUAAUACACAAACUUUAACGACAUCAAUAAAGCACACAAAAAGACCACAAAAGAGACGUAAACACACUGAUAGUAUAAGUGAGAGCAUACUAAUCAGGGAAAAAUUACCAUCAUCAUCAUUAGCGACAAUUGGAAAGAAUAAUAAUUUAUUGAUACCGAGAAAUAAUCACAACAUACUGAAUAGCAUUGAUCUCAAAGGAACGGACGGUGCAGCGCUAAAGAAACUCAUGAAUAAUAAUAAUGGGGAUCUAUUAAAUGGUGACAGUUUUAAUGACGAUGAUCAGGACAUGGAUGAUAAUUCUGAUAGCGAGACAAUUACUGGAGAUGAAAGCUUAUUUGAGCCUGAUGAGGUAGAAGAAACAGACUCUGAUGAAUAUUUGGACGAUGAGAUGGAAAUGGACGAAAAAAUUACAUACAAUAAUAAAAAGAAAAGUUCCAUGAUUUCAACAUUGGACUAGUUCUGUGGUCUAAAGUUGAUAAUCAAUCGAAACGUGUGUUUAAUGAGAUAAAUAAUAAUAAUAUUAAUAAUGCUGAUUCAGACAUGGAAAAAAGAAGGAUUCUAUAAAUAUAGAUGAAAAAUCAACAUUGUAAAAUAGCUUAGAGCGGUUAUAUUGCUAUUACAAACUACUAAGAAUUAUAAAGUUAAUACUGAUAAAGAUGAAAAAGUGUAAAUAAUUUUAGUUUUUACAAUAAACAAUAAAAUAAAAUAAUGUUUAGUCUCCAUCA